AUGAAUGAAACUCAAAUCAACCCAGAGAAUUAUUAUAGAUUAGAAUGUGUAAUUGGAGAAGGAUCUUAUGGCUAAGUUUAUAAAGGCAUAUAAUUGGAUAAUGGAAAGGUAGUAGCUAUUAAAAUAGUACCAUCAUCAGGAGAGAUUGAAUCACUCAAAAGAGAAAUUCAAAUACUUAGAGAUUGUAGAUGUGAUAAUAUUGUUAAAUAUUUUGGAUCUUAUCAUUCAAAUGGAUAGUUAUGGUUAAUAAUGGAAUAUUGUUAAGGAGGAAGUGUUAUAGAAUUGAUUAAGUCUUUGUAAAAUCCUUUACCUGAAGAAAUCAUUGCUACAAUUCUAUAUUAAACAUUAAAAGGCAUUGAUUACAUGCAUAGUCAUAAAAAAAUACAUAGAGAUAUUAAAUGUGGAAAUAUUCUAAUUGAUCAUUUAGGCAAUAUUAAAUUAGCUGAUUUUGGUGUUUCCACUUAAUUAGUACAUACUAUGGCAGACACUGAUACAGUUAUUGGAAGUCCUUUUUGGAUGUCCCCAGAGAUUCUAUUAAAAUCAAGAUAUAGUAAAAAGACAGAUAUUUGGUCAUUGGGUAUAACAGCUAUUGAAAUGGCAGAAGGUGAACCACCUUAUGCACAUAUACAUCCAAUUAGAGCAAUGUUUGCAAUUAAAAAUAAUCCACCUAACUCUUUAACUGAUUAAAGUAAAUGGUCAAGAGAAUUUAAUUAAUUUGUUAAAAGAUGCCUAAUUUUAGAUCCAAAGGAAAGACCUUCUACUAAAGAUUUAUUAUAGGAUCCAUUCUUUUAGAAAUACUGUAGAAGUAGAGAAUAUAUUCAAUAAUUCAUUUUAAAAUACAAAAAACAAAUUGAAUCAUAUAAAUUAAGUAAAUAGUAGAAGUAGCAUGAAUAAUAAUUUUAAUUUUCUUAAGAAUAAGUAGGAGUUCCAUUAGAUACUUUAAUAGAAUGUGAAGAGGAAGAAGAUCUAGGAACAAUGAUUAUCAAUAAUGUUGAUGCCAUUUAAAUGAAUGAGACAGGAACUAUGUUAGAACAUCAAUAUGAAGAUGCAGAUAUCUAUGAGAAAGCUAUAAAUAGAGUGGUAUAUAUAUAUAUUUUAUUUUAUUAGUCAGAAUAUGGAUUAUCAAGUUUGAAUCAGCAGAGAACAAAUACUAUAAUUGAAGAAUCACCUAUAUUAAAAAAGAAAUAAAUUGAAGAUAAAAUUAAUUAGUUAAAUUAAGAGAUGCAAAAUGAAAUUAAAUAAGUUAAACUUAAAUAUGGGGAAUAGAUUAAUUCACUUUAAAAAGCUUUAAAUUAAAUUGUAGUUUAGAAACAUGAAACUCAUAAAUCUGUGCAUGAAUAGAAAGGAUUUGCAUUAUCUACUAAUUAUUUUAAAUAAUUAGAAUAAAAAAAUAAAUUUUCAGCUCCUUCUACUCCUGUUUAAUCGUAAAGCAAAUAUAGAUUAGAUCAAGAAAACCUCAAUUUGGAAAAUCAAUUGAAAUAAACUAAAUAUUAAUCAACAAAUUUACAGUAUCACAAUAUUUAAAUUUAGAAAAUUAUAAUUACAAAUUCAGAAUAGAAUAAAUGAUGUUCCAAAAUUAGAUAAUAGUUAAAAACUAAUAAAAUAAUUAAUUAACAGAAAAAAUUGA